AUGUUUUUAAGAGAAGUACAACAUGCUAAUAAUAAUGAAUUAAAACAAAAAAUAAUUUUAUUUGAAACAGAAAUAACUCAAUAUAAUGACCUUUUGCAAUGUCUGUUGAAUGCUCUACAAAUCAAUGACCUUCAACUUUCAGCUUGUAUUCAUUUAAGAAAGUAUGUAAAUAGAACAGGAAAUAUUAUUCCUCAACUAUGUACGGAGUCAUUAAAACUUUCAUUUGAAGGAGGUUGUAAUGCUUCAUUUGCACGUUCAUUAUUAGCAGACUGCUAUAAAAAAGGAAAUAUUCAAGUCAAAAAUUUUAUUGUUCGAACUAUUAAACAAACAUUAGAAAGUCAGUUUUCAAUAAAUGUUAUUGAAACUGCUCGAUUUGUUAUUGAAGAAGAUACUUCAACAACAGAAGGAGGGUGUAGUGAUUUUUUUCCUAUUAUAAUUAAAAUAUUUCAAAAUACUCAUGACAAUGAAAUUAUUCAAUCAAUAUUGCAAUUUUUAUUAGUGGGGUCUUCUACUCAUCCUGAUUUUUUUAGUGACUAUGGAAAUCAAUUGGUUAUUCCUUUAUUACAACUUUCUUAUUCUCUUAAUACUAAUAUUAAACAAAAUUAUGCACUUCUUUUAUCAUCAUUUCUUACUGCUGAACCUGAUCAUCUUUCUCAACAUGUUGAUGAGCUUAUUAAAUCUUGUUCAUUACUUUUGGAAGACUCAAGUGAAGAAGUAUGUUCUGCUGCAAAUUCACUUCUUGCAUCAUUAUCACAUGCAUUUAAAUCACAAUUACAAUCUUAUUUAACAUCAUUUACUUCAAUAAUUUUAAACAGAAUUGAUAGUUUUGUUAAUAUUUAUGAUAAUGUUAUUGAAGAUGAACCACCUCUACUUCAUACUUUAGCUUCUACUCUUGAUGAAAUAUCUGCAGAAUAUCAUGAUGAAUUUAUAGCUCUGGUAGUUAACAUAUCUAAAUCACUUUCAUGGCCAACAAUAUUAUAUGUUAUAGGAAGUAUUGUUAAAGGUUGGUUACAAAAAGAAUUAUUUUGUGACGUUUUUGGAUGGGUUGUUCAAAAGAUUUUUAUUGAAUUAAAAACGGGACAACCAUCUUCACUUUCUUUAUGGACAUUACAAGAAAUGUAUAUUUUUCUUCCAGUGAUGUUGAGUAGUAAUAAUUACGAAGAAUUAAUUAUCUAUUUAUUAAAAGGAAAUGUUCAGACAUAUUCAAUUUUAUUACUUGAAACAAUGAUAGAUGAUUCUAAGAAUGGAAUUGUUUUGCAGUACAUAAACCAAAUAUUAAAUUGGGUUAUUAAUAAUUUAAGUAUUGAUACUUCAGGUGAAAUCAGUGUAUUAUUAGUUGAAACUAUUACUGCAUUAAUUGAUAGAUCACCAGACCUCUUUUAUGGGAAUAAACAACUAUUUAUUGUUAUUACUCGUACUUUUUUAAAUUUGAUUCAUAGAAAUAAAGUUAUUUCAGAUAGAGUAAUACAAAACCUUAGUUAUGGAAUUCCUAAAUUUGGUUCAAUGGCUCUUAUUGGUUCAGAACUUCAAUUAGUAAAUGUUGUUAUUGAGAUGAUUCAUAGUGAUGAUACUAGAGACCAAGCUGCUGCUUUACAAUUAUUAACCUCCUUAAUAGAAACAACUAAUCAACCAGUAGAAUUAAUUAGAACAAUGCAAAAUGUAGCUGGAGUAGUAUUAUGUGGGUUGAGGUCAGUGGAUGAAGAAGUGGUAGACCAAGCAUUUACUUUACUUGGUGAUAUAUUACAGAAAGAUCCAAUGACAUUGGCAACUUCAUAUCGACCUGUAGUAGAACAAGUAUUAACCAAAAUGCAAACAGGGAAUUUGUCCAUUAGGUUAUGGGCUGUUGGUAUUUUAAUUAAAUCAUCACCUAAUGGAAUUGAAAACUUGUUUGCUCCCUUUGUUAAUGUUCUAAUUCGGUUAAUAGAAAUUGCUACAUCAGCAUCAACAAAAUCAAAACCUUUUUUAAAAAGAAAUCUUUGUGUUUGUCUAGGUAGAAUCGCUUUAAGAAAACCUGAAUUAAUAAUUCCUCAUAUUACCUUAAUUUGUGAUGAACUUAUUGAUUCAUUACUUGAAGUAGGAGAUAAUGAGGCACGUGUUGUUGCAGUAGAAGGAUUUGGUCGUAUUAUUGCUAAUCAACCUUUAUGUUGUAAAAGUGCUUUAUUGUCUGUUGUUAAUGUAUUAUUAGCUGAAAGACAAAUUACACCUUCAAUGACAUCAUUCUGUAAUUCUGUGUUACAGAUAUUGAAGAAUACAUAUAAUGGAGAUGCAUAUCUUAUGAUAUGGAAUAGUGUAGUAUAA